AUGAUGAAGUGGUCAUGGAUUCAGGCAGCUGGGACAACCAAGAAGGUCCAUGUCAAGGUGAAGCCAUUGAAGCUAGAAGGAUUAUUGUGUAAGGAAAAGGUUGAUGAUAAUGGAAGAGAAAGAAUGUUUGUUGUUGUCAAGAUGAAAUGGAAAGGGCCCAAGUCGUCAGGAUUAGUCCCAUUUUAUCGCGUUUCGAAGUGCAAAAAAAACUACACUAGUCAAAAAUUCUUCAAGGAAGGAGAGUCUAAUAUUGAAUGGAAUGAUGAAGAAUUUGACAGUGUUUGUGAUUUUUGGAUUCCUUCAAAAGAUAAACUUUUUGCUCAGUGGGAUGUUUCUUUCACUGUUUUAUUUGGCGAGGAUGCAAAAUCCAGGACUAAAAUGGCAGUAUUGGGAAAUGGUACGUUGAAUAUAGCAGAAUUGGCUUCAACGAUGGAUUCCCAGAUUGAAAGAAAGGUGCCAAUCUCUUUACUGAUUGAUGGAGUUGCCAGCCAAGCUACUCUUCUGAUUGGGGUAAGCUUUACUGAGAUCAGAAAUUCAUGUGACCCACCAGGAAUUUUUCAAAACUUGGAUGAUUCGGAUGCUAAAAAAAGACUGUUUAAGGGCAUGACAGCUUCUAAGAAGAAAAUGGACGAAGGAAACCAAGUGAGUUCUAGUGACUCUGACGACUCAUCUAUGUUUGACAUGGAUGGUUCUUCAGGGACAUCAACUUCCAAGAGUGGAAGUAGCAGUCAAGAGAUGAGUUCAGGGACCGAAUUGGGGUCAUCUCCGAGUUCGGAAACUCGGUCAGACUUGACCACCAAAGCCAGGUUAUUCUCAUGGAAGAAGAGAAGGUUGAGCUUCAGUUUGUCCAGGACUAGGAGGAAAGUUGAGCCAUUCUUUGAGAAUAGCAGUGCCCAAAUGGACAAAAGCGAUUCCGCACAGAAAGAUGAGUGGGACGUCAAAGAACUAGUCAGCAGAGAUGGUCAAGCAAAACUCAAAGCCAAUGUGUUUCUUGCUUCCUUUGAUCAACGAAGCGAAAAAGCUGCCGGAGAGAGUGCCUGCACGGCAAUAGUUGCAGUCAUUGCCGAUUGGCUUCACUCGAACCAAGAAUUCAUGCCAACAUUGUCACAGUUUGACAACCUCAUAACAGAGGGCUCACAGGAAUGGCGAAAGCUUUGCGACAACGAGGCCUACACAAAUUUCUUCCCUGAUAACCACUUUGAUCUUGAAACUGUCCUGAAAGCUGAUCUCCGGCCUCUGACCAUCUCCCACGAGAAAUCUUUUACUGGGAUUUUCAGCCCUGAAAAGUUCGAAAACUUGAAGGGAGCCACUUCUUUCGAUGAUGUAUGGCAAGAAAUAACAAGCAACGCAAAUGAUGACGAGCAGAAGAUAUAUAUAGUGAGUUGGAACGAUCAUUUCUUCGUGUUGAAGGUAGAUGCUGAAGCUUAUUAUAUUAUUGAUUCGUUAGGUGAGCGGCUCUUUGAGGGUUGCGACCAGGCAUACAUCUUAAAGUUCGAUGACUCAAGCUUGAUGCAUGGGAAGGUGGUGAAAGAAAAUAUUGCCACAGAGGAAAUAGCAGGGGAAGAGAGGGCUGAAGAUAAAGAGGUAAGCGAAGACAUAAUUUGCAAGGGAAAAGAGUGUUGUAAAGAGUUCAUUAAAAGAUUCCUUGCUGCCAUUCCACUUGGAGAACUUGAGGAAGAAGAGAAAAAGGGCACAAUUUCUACAUUUUCUCUCCUGAAGAGACUUCAAAUAGAUUUCCACUACUGCUCUUCUUUAUAUGCUUCUACUUCCUCUUCUUCUCAGACAUCUUCCACUUUCUUUUCUCAAGUGGAGGGUGAACUUUCUAGAGCAGUCACAUUGUACGCAUAG